CGUCCCCAAAUUGCUGCGCCAGCCUAUAAAACUUCCCGACAAAGCAGAUAAAUCAGAAGUUUUCAUCCGACGUGAAACAAGCAGAGAAAAAGAAAUUAAAAACCCUCCUGUGCAGACAUGGAGCAAACCGAGGUGGUGAAGCCCGAAACUCUGGACGAGCUGAUCGCAAUUCUGCACAAGAUCUUCGAGAGUGACACAAUCAAUGUGGAGGAGGUUCAAAAUAUCAUGGAAUCGUACGAGAGCAAGCCUCACGAAUGGACGAAGUAUGCAAAGUUUGACCAAUACAGGUACACAAGGAACUUGGUUGAUGAGGGUAAUGGGAAGUUCAAUCUCAUGAUUCUCUGUUGGGGUGAAGGACAUGGCAGUAGUAUCCACGACCACACAGACUCUCACUGCUUCCUGAAGCUCCUGCAGGGACAGCUGAAGGAAACGCUGUUCGACUGGCCGGACCGCAAAUCACAUGGAGACAUGGUGCAGAAAUCUCAGAGGAUCCUCCAGGAGAACAAGGUCGCUUACAUCAACGACUCCAUUGGUCUGCAUCGUGUAGAAAACGUCAGUCACACAGAGUGCGCCGUGAGUUUGCACCUGUACAGUCCUCCGUUUGAGACCUGCCAGACCUUUGACCAGCGAACGGGCCACAAGAACACCGUCAAGAUGACCUUCUGGAGCAAGUACGGAGAAAGGACUCCCUAUACCACAAUUUCAAAAAAUUUGUUUAUCACCAAAAAAUAG